UCUCCAUUGUCAUUGCCUCAGGCGUCGAUAUCGCCUUCUUUUGCGGCAGCGACGGGAGGAGCAAUCAUUAUGACCGGUACUGGCUCUGGUAUUGCAAGUGUUACCGAGAUCGAUUCAACAGACAGCACCAUCGUCAAGAUGCUGGUGGCUGGACCACGUGACUCCGCUACACGCCAAAUGGAUGGAUAG